CAUCAUCCACCUCACGGCCCUUCACUCAAUUCCCCGACGACGUAGGAAGCGCUCGGGGCAGCUCUCUACGUAGCGCUUGCGUGCUGCUAAUUGCGUUCGACGUGCUCCGCGAAGCGUUCCCACAUAGCCUGAGCGAGCGAUGAAGGGCGCGGGUAGGGGUGCGGGUGCGACGAAUACUUGACAAUCUCUGCACCAUCUCGACCUGCAAGUCACAACGAGCAGCAAUCACACGAUUUCCCAUCUGCAAUACAGCACAUUUCGGUUCUCCAAAGGAGACGGGUCUAAUUCAAAAAGAAGGUCCGAAAUGCUUCCCAUUCUACUCGUGCUAGCCUUGCGCACAGGCCUCUUUCUAUCCUGCCGCGCAUUGCUCCUGCCCAUCCUGUUCGGAGAAGCUCAGCACGCGUCCCUAGAUCCAUCACCGUCCUCCACCUCGAGCGCGCCACCCCACAAACGAAGUCGCACGAAUGAGGAAUCGUACGCAAUGGGUUUGCGGACCGGCAGCGGCGGCGGCGGCGGGCUGCCAAGUCCUGUUAGCAGUCCCAGCGCCCGUAGAGGAGGUCCCGGCGGGGCUGCAAGCGGUGCAUUCUCAGCUAUUACCGGGCCUUCGACCAGCGUGAACAACUCAUUUGGCUCCAUUUCCGACGCUACCCCUUCGAGUUCGGACCUUGCCAAUCGUCUUGUGCAAAUCUUCAAAAGGUCCUUGUUGCCUGGAACGGAUAUUCAUGGUCUCACUUCGCUCCUCUUUGCCCUGUCAUUUGAAGAGGCUACGAUGCUCUUUGCCCUUGUGCUGCUCGAAGCUCUGGAUUGGCUACCUCGAUCCACCCUCGUAGGCAACUGGAAGUGGAGCCUCAUAGGCGUCCUUGCCCUCUCCAUCGUCAUUGUUCCGCUGGGCAUAUGCCUCUUGCUUACAUUCAGAGUGGAAGGCUCCUCAUCACAGACUCGCAGAGGUCUGUUCGCCUUUCUUCCAUUCUUGGGAUGGAUUUUGCUGUUUCUUCGCGUACCACUACCCUCUGCUCUUUCUGGAUCAUCCUCAGCUGGUCUGCUUGAUGCUGCACUAGCAAGGACCGCGGUGCUAGGUGUCAGUCUGAUCGCUCUGCUAUCUGGCUCCGCGGCUGCUUCGAGCGCCAUGGACAGCUGGGACGCUUGGUUCUCCAAGCGCAGACCGCGACCACCCACAGCGCAGGAUGUCAAGACAGCGCAGGACUCUUUUGAUCGUGCUAGAUCUGACUUGCAGACCAGAAAAGAUACGCUGGAGAGUCUGAACAACAGGUCUUCUUCGGAGGAACGGAGCUCAGGCUUCUUUGGCCGGUUGUGGGGCGGUAGCGGAAGAGAUCGAGAGGCUUCAUCGUUGCGAGCUGAAAUAUCGGGACUGGAAAUGCUGGCCAGAGCGAUGAGGGAUGAUUUGGAUAGGAUCACGAGGUUGAAGAGGGAGGCAGAGUGGUCCAAGACUUUGUGGGGAAGAGUGCUGCUUGGAGUGGGCCACAUCUUUAGUGUGUACUGCGUCUGGCGAGUGGGCUUGGCGCUCCUGUCGCUCUUAUUACUGGGCUACAGAGACUCUGCACCACCCGACUUCGUUUCGGUAGGUCUGGCCCACCUGGUUCGCUUCUUGGGACCUGGAGCUUCAGAGUCGAUAGACUUGGCAAUGUGGACCAGACAGAUCAGCCUGUUGUUCGUUGGAGCGCUCAUCAUCGUCAGGAUGCGAAGCGUCUUGUCUGGACUUGGUGCUUUUUUCAGAGCUGCAAGCACAGGCGUCAGCACUGGCUUCCUCAUCCUCUUCUUGGCAGAAGUGAUGACGAUCUACCUCUUGGCCACCUUGAUCCAGCUGCGCACUGCUUUGCCUCCUUCGUUCUCGGGAGCCACACCUGAUGCGUCGGACCAACCAAGUCAGACUCAACACCUGCAGCAUCCACCGCUCCUAUCGACUCUACCAAGUUUCGCCAUCGUCUUUGGUGCCCUAUUCGACGGCGGCUUUUUGAUCGCUGCUCUCGUCACUGGACUUCACAGGUGGUUCACUAGGGACACGGAACCGACACUGUUUGGAGCUGGUGGAAGCGCAGGCGCAGGUGGCUUACCGAGAUGAUGAGCCCUCUUGGCUAAACCGAAUGGAUGCAUUCCAAUCACGAACAUGACUUCGGAAGGAACGACUCUUCUUUCGCAUUGCGCUAUCACUGCUCGCAAACGCGUGCUGCCGCUAUGGUAGCUUCAAGAAUGGCUCUCAGUUGUCUAGGGUCCUGGCUGAGGAAGACUCCGUAGCCGCUCAUUAUUCGCCCUCGGCCCUCACCAUUGUGCCUCAAAUGAAGAGCUGUAGCUGCAGCGUUGAGAUGUUUUUCCGGACGGCAUGCGCUGCUCUCCAAGCUCUCCUCUGCUCUAGCUUCCACUUCCAAGUAGCCGUGCCAGGCGUCCCUCUUUGUGAACUUCACGGUCACAUAUUUCAGAACAUUUAGACGCAGCGAUGCCGUCUUUGUCCACACCUGCGAG